ACAUAAACUAAAACUUCAAAAAAAAAAAACAAGUUUAAACAAAAAGAGGAAAACAACCAAAACAAUACAACACAUACACACAAUGGAUCUACUGCCGAAAAGUUUAAUACUAUGGCUUACAAUCACCAUUGCCAUAUUCCUACCAUCGUUCACAUCAAGACAACAGAAUACCGUAGAUGCAGCUUCGGCAGGUGGCAGCAUGUUUGGCGACGUCAACAUAUCGGAAAUCUUGGAUUCAUUUAGUCAUAGUUACGAUAAGAGAGUAAGACCAAAUUACGGAGGUCCUCCAGUGGAAGUUGGCGUCACAAUGUAUGUGCUGUCGAUCAGUUCCGUUUCCGAAGUUCUUAUGGAUUUUACGCUGGAUAUGUAUUUUCGUCAGUUUUGGACUGAUCCACGGUUGGCAUUUCAAAAGAAAACCGGCGUCGAAACGUUGUCAGUUGGAUCCGAUUUUAUCAAAAAUAUCUGGGUACCUGAUACAUUCUUCGUGAACGAGAAACAAUCAUACUUCCACUUUGCGACGACAAGUAAUGAAUUUAUACGUGUUCACCAUUCAGGUUCCAUAACAAGAAGUAUACGGUUAACAAUUACGGCAUCGUGUCCAAUGAAUCUAGAAUAUUUUCCAAUGGAUCGACAGCUAUGCCAAAUUGAAAUUGAGAGCUUCGGAUACACGAUGCGAGACAUUCGAUACAAAUGGAACGAAGGGCCGAAUUCAGUUGGUGUUUCGUCAGAAGUGUCGUUGCCACAAUUUAAGGUUUUAGGACAUCGUCAACGAGCUAUGGAAAUCAGUCUUACAACAGGAAACUACUCACGAUUAGCAUGUGAAAUCCAGUUCGUGCGUUCAAUGGGAUACUAUCUUAUUCAAAUUUAUAUCCCAUCUGGAUUAAUUGUAAUUAUAUCGUGGGUAUCCUUCUGGUUAAAUAGAAAUGCAACACCAGCUCGUGUUGCCCUUGGCGUCACCACUGUGUUGACUAUGACCACACUUAUGUCAUCGACUAAUGCAGCAUUACCAAAAAUCUCGUACGUUAAAUCAAUCGACGUUUAUCUGGGCACAUGUUUCGUCAUGGUUUUUGCCAGUCUAUUGGAAUAUGCCACGGUCGGCUAUAUGGCGAAGCGAAUUCAGAUGCGUAAGCAACGUUUUAUGGCAAUCCAAAAAAUUGCCCAGGAGAAGAAGUUACAAGUAGAUGGUGGCCAACAACCGGCGAUGAUGAGCGCUGGCCCAGAUCACAGCCACAGUCACAGUAGUCACGGACACAGUCACAGUCAUCAGCACGGACCAAAACAAUCAGCAAUGCAGCAACAAAUACCAGGAAAUCGACCAUCCGGUUUUGCAAAUAUGCAGCAGGGCUCGCGAGGCUGUUCAUUAGUUGGCCCACUGUUUCAAGAAGUUCGAUUUAAGGUACAUGAUCCAAAAGUUCAUUCCAAGGGCGGCACACUAGAAAAUACAAUAAAUGGGGGUCGUGGGCGCUCAAACGCCGACAGCGGUCCAGAUGAAGAGUCGGGUGGUGAUAUGCGGCCACCGCCACCACCACAUUUAAUUCAUCCGGGCAAAGAUAUAAAUAAAUUAUUGGGUAUCACACCAUCCGAUAUCGAUAAAUAUUCUCGAAUAGUGUUUCCCGUUUGUUUCGUAUGCUUCAAUUUAAUGUAUUGGAUUAUCUACCUACAUGUGAGCGACGUAGUAGCAGAUGAUUUGGUUCUGUUGAAGGAGGAUAAGUAAAGCGGCCCCCGUGAAUGUUUGACAUGGAGUGAACAACGCAAAAUGGACAAGAGUGAGAUAAAAGCGAAGAAAAAAUUCGUCAGAAACACAAAAUCGGUGAUGUGAAGCAUCUAACAUACAAAACGAAAAAAAAAUAUUCAAGAAAUAAAACCAAAAAAAUAAAAAAAUAAACGCUUAAUACAUAUAUACAUAUAUUUGAAAAAGAAACUAAAAUAAAAUGAAAACCGUUGUUACCCAUCGUUUUGCAAGUAUCAUCGAUAGCUAGUUUAGCAGCGGCCAUUGCAAAAUGAAUAUCUCGAAUUCAACAAAUUGAUUGACAAUGUCGACAGACCAGCCACACACACACACAUACAGCAAUAAUUCAACGUAUUUGUAUAGCAGUACCAACAACAAGAACGGAGCAUCAAAUAGAGUAAACCAAAAUACAAAAAAAAAAAAAAUACGAAAGGAAAACCUGCUCAGUGAAUGAGAAUAAUCAGCCGAUAAAAAAAUAAUCUAAACAUAUUCACUUAAACACAUUCAAAAGAAGCAGCAGAAGAAAAAGCGACAGCAUUCAUUCGUAUUUAUUAAAUAAGAGAAAAACUUUCUAGAUGAAAAAUAAAACAAAAAAUCUCUAUCAGUUAAAUUAAAAAAAACACCAUUUCUCCACGUGUUUCGAUGCAUGCAAUAGUAAAUACAGCAAACAAAACAACAACAACAAAAUAUUAGAUACAUUUAUUAUUAAACAGCAAAGAGCAAAAAUAUUAAAAAGAACAACAACAGCAUUCGUACAAAUAUUCGUGAGCACACCAAACAACAAAAAAAAAUAUUUCGUUUUCAUUCUUUCUCCAGGUGUUGAAUUUGAAGCAUUAAUUGUUACUAUUUCGUUUCGUUGAACUAAUUUAAUUUUAAUUUGCCAUUUUCGAUCCAUUGACAUUUUUGCGUGGCUACACCAUUUCAUUGUUCGCCCGGUUUAAAUUAAAUCGCCCGGUUUUAAUCGUCCUUCGUUUACAAAAUGCACAAUAUUUUCUAAAUCGAUAAUUUCUCAGCUCACAGCAUCUCUAUUCAUUCUUCAACCCACAUCAAAUUUUUCGAAUGUGAUCGAGAAUCGAACAUAGUUUUGCUAUGAGUGGGUGUGUGUGCAAUAAAUAUUGUAAUACAAGUUUAUUUUUUUUUUGUUAUCAAUUAAGUGUUUGUUACUAUUGUGCUUCAAGCCUACAUUUUUAUUUCUGUUGUAUAACCAAAUGGAAUCGCAACAAAAACCACAUGUAUUUUAUGAGCAAUUGCUAUUUGUUGCUUUGUAAAGAGAAUUCGUUUUACAAACGGACUAUACUGAACUAUAUAAAUCAUGAGAUAAGUGAAUAACGUGAUGAUUAUAAAACAAAAUGAAGAACCGUUAAAAAAAUUCAGCUUCCAUUGUGUUUGCCAAAUUUUCAAAACGAAAAAAAAAAACAAAACAAAACAAAUCGAACAAUAACAACAACAACAAAAAGGAAACAAUAAAACGUGAGAAAGAUCGAAAAAAAUACACACGAAUAUAGUGUCACAUUGAUUUCUUCGUCUUUAAAUUUAUUUUAGUGCAAAUUUAUUGAUAACGUCCAAUUCAAUUCGAUUUAUAUGAUUUAGAGGUUUCAUUUUUUUUUCGUGAUAUUAAAUUGAUAUUCAACACCACCACAAAACACUUUUUCGUGAAUUAUAAUCUCGGUUGUGUAUUUCAUUUUAAACAUUUUGUUGUGUAUGCAAAUUCAAAACUUUGUAUGAAUUCAUUCAAAUAUAUAUACUCCAUGCUCACAACACUCGAAGAUUUCAAUAAUCAUGUGAAACAACAACCAAUUUUUACAACAUUCACAAAUCCUUCACAAACAUUUUACAGCACUCACUCGUUCCAACCAUCACACUUGAGAAGUUUUGCACACAUUUGUAGACGAUUUGUUACAUGCACCGUAUUUCCGAUUAAUUAACUAAACUUAAUUGUAACAUAAAAUGAAUCCAAACCAAUUAUGCGUAGAUUUCAAAAUCAAAGAAAUGAAUCAGCUGUCAUUCAUAUACAUGCACACACCAAAUAAUUCAACUCAUUCGAAAAAUUAAUCCAAACGACAGAGGCAAUUUUAUCGAUUAACUAAACAACAAUCUAUAUUUUCGAGCAUGAGCAUCUCAGCAACAACACUUUUUGGGUGCUAAAUACCAAAAUAUGACAACAACAAAAAAAUUGUGUCAUUAGUUAAAUAGAAUUUAUUUUCACCACUCAAAGCAAUACACAUUUUCAAUGAAAACACCAAAAUUAAGUUGAAUUACGUGAAUCGGAUUAAAGCCGAUGACAACAGGAGAUUUCGCAUAAUUACUCUUUUCCAACUUGAUAUAAACUCUAUAUAUUAUGAUUUAUUUGAAAUGUUUUUGAAUGCGCACAUAAAUACACAUACAAACACUCGAAAAAAAAUGCUACAAAUGGAGAAAGAAGAAAAAAGAAGAAAUUUUUUUUGUGUUUGCACCACAUUUAGACUGACCAGAUCAACAUGCUCUAAAAUAAGAGUCUGUCUCCGCCGAGUGCGAUUGAAGUGAAAAAAAAGUCUAGAAUUUUGUGUCGCACAUUCCGUGUUAUGAUAUGCCGAUAUUGGUGAGAUUCCUUUCGAGCUAUCUUCAUAUGGAAGGUAAAAUGCAUUUAUUGAGACGUAAAUAUCACUCUCAAUCGCAAACCGAUGCUGAAACAACUUUGUUGUUUUGCCCACACGAAACUAAGAAAUAAAAAAAUGAGCAAUGCUAAGAAUUCUCUCGCAGUGCAGUCAGACUGAUUGAGUGUAGGGCAUAAAAAAUGCAUUCCAAAUAAUUUUCUAUCCAGCUUUUUUUCAUUUUAUGUUUUUUUUUCUUUACAUUUUUCUGUAAGCAAAAAUGCAUCGAAUCGAGUUACAAAAGGAAUGUGCAAAAUUGAUCUGAAUAAUUUGUCGAUGUAUGAACAAUUUCAAGCACACAUAAAAAAAUAACACUUUCAACAAUUAAAAUGCACACAUUUUUUUGCUCUUAAUUUACUUACUUGACAAAUUAUUUCUAAAUUUCACCCAAAAAAAAAUGCAGAAAAACUACACUCACACAUACACACACGCAUAUAUAGAAAUAAAACUUAUUUCAAGAAUGGAAUAAAAUGAAUAUAUAUAAAAAAAAUGUAAAGUUAUAGACGUAUAAAGAUCUAAAAAAAGAGAGUAAAAAAAUGAUGAUGAAAGUAAUUCACUGAACAGGCGACUUCGGAUUAUCGAAUUUUUGAUAUUUUUAUAUUAGAAAUACAAAACAAGACAUACCACGUUGGUAAAAUGAGAAAAUAAAUAAAAAAAACUAUUGCAAAUAUUAGAUAUGAAAAACUCUUUUCCGUUCUCGGUUGAAUAUUAUAUAAUAUUUCCGUUCCAUUUCGGGUGUUUAUUUUUGUUUUCUGUCAAUUUUUUUGUGAUUGUUCAGUAAGAAGUCUUGUUCCAAAAACACGAAUUAAAAAAAACAAUUCCUAAUCAUUCCACCACAUAAAUGAAAAUUAAUAACACUAUAAAUGAAUUAUUAUUAAAAGAAAACCACACACUCACUCAAACACUAAACACUCAAAAUAUAUUUAAAAUUAAUGAAAAAAAAACAGCCACAUCUAAUGACAUUUUUGCAUAAUUAUCGAAAUUAUGUAAGCCACUGACGAUGUAGGGUGGACAAUUCGGCAUAACAAAAAAAAAAACAAGAAUGUUACAAAAAAAAAAUUAAAAUUAAAAUGAGUAGCUUGAUGCUAAGUAGUAAAUUAAGUAAAUAAAUUUAAAAAAAUGUGAGAUUAAAGAAGAAUGCGCCGAUGAAUGAGAAAAAUUUAGUUUGCAUGUGAGAGUAUCGUGUAUCAUUGACGAUAAAUGAAUAUAAAUCGCGAUCACAUCCGCUAUGGACGCGAGUAAAAUAAGUAUAUAAAAUGUGCAACAGACACACAAAUUAUUAAAGAAAAAAAAACAAAAACAAAUUGUUUCCACGGAUGCAAACUCUCUCUCACAUACAGACACAUUUACACACACAUUUAAAGGUAAAGCAAAAACACUAGGCAUCCACGUUCUUUUGUUAUAUAAAAGGAACGAGCUGCCUACAAUUGAAUUCUAAAUAUUUUAGAAAUAAAUUUACUUAUAAUAUAUUACUAUAUACACUUAUACAUUGCAAAGCAGCAACUGAGAGAGAGAGAGAGAGAGAGAGAUAGGCAGAUCGGAGAAAAAUGAUGUUGAAGGUAAUUAUUAUAUAUGUCUUAAAUUAAACGCAGACGAUAUGGAAAGAGAGUGAAAAAAUACUCUCCGGCUGAAUUGAUAUUAAAUGAGAAAAU